AUGUUAACCCUGGCUUGUCAUCCCUGUUGGUGGGUACGCGACACCACACUUUCCGAAUAUCUCGAAGCUUGCCACAACCUCCUCUACGCCAAUUUCAAGGUCGAAGUGAACGAGAAGUUCACGUCCAAAGGCUCGAUCACCAGCCCCGUCGGUAGACGGAUUCCUCCACGGCUCGAGCCUUGGGAUGAUUUCCUAGAGGAGCAGAGAACCAUAUUCGGGACACUACUCUCCAAGUUUCCGGCGCAUACCGCGGCGUUCAGAAGUCAGCAUUACCUAAGGACGCGAGGCAAGGUGAUCGCAGCGAGGAGUAUAGGCGAUGAAGAGGCUCUGAAAUUGGUGUACCAGGACCUCGUGACGGAGCCGGUGACCUUGAUUUCUCAGCGCCUUCAGGACAAAGACAGCAUCAGGGCCGAGUUCGACAUUGGGGCAGGAAUAGCUUUUGAAACGCGCUUGAAUGCCCUGGGCGAAGCUAACCGGGAGUCUACGGAACGACCAAGGACACCGGACGGCAUGGCCAACCGGUUUCGACCGGAUCAGAUCUGCGCCUACAGACGGGAUGGCGCGGACCCGGACCAACGCACGAUGGCUUUCAUCAUAGAGCAAAAGGCCCCUCACAAGCUCACGAUGCCGCAUCUCCGUUCCGGGCUUCGAGCUAUGAAUAUCUUCGAAGAGGUGGUCAACCGGCCUACGAGCCCCCCUCAGGAGGACAAAGAGGCGCUCUUCCAGUACCACGCAGACAGGCUGGUGGCGGCCGCGCUCACUCAGACGUUCGACUAUAUGAGCCAGGCCGGCCUAACAUAUGGCUGUCUCACAACAGGGCAGGGCUUUGUCUUUCUCAAGAUCGACUGGACCGACCCGAUAACGCUCCUCUACCACCUGGCCGAACCCGGACCCGAGGUUGACGAGCAUAGGGAAAACUUCCUCUGUUGUACUGCCGUCAGCCAGAUGCUGGCGUUUACUAUUUUAGCUCUCGACUCGGGCGCGACCGGAGAACGCGGGCAGGAUAAGCGCCAGAGGGCGAUUAAGAAGCUGAAGACAUGGAACGUGGACUGGGAAUUGAUUCUUCGAUCCAUCCCGCCGACUGAGCGAACCGCACCACCCACUUCGCCAGCAUACCAGCCCAGAACGUAUAAAGGCGUGGACCGGUCCCCAUAUUUACUUCGGCCGGCUAGGUCCCGGGCCGCAGGCCGGCCUCGUUGCAGGCCGGGUCCCGCCGAGAGGGAUCGGUCGCCAGAGUUUGACGAAGAAGGAAGCGAACCGCGGAUGCCGGAUACGCCAUCACCGGUCCAACCAAGGAAUGCUCAGCGAGCGCCGGCCCGACGUCCACGUGGGAACAACGGCAAUGCGGGUUCCUCCUCCAGUGGUAGCAGAUCCUCUAACCGUCGGUACUGCACGCAGAACUGCCUUCGUGGUUUGGUGGCCGGAAUGUUCUUGACGAGGAAUCGCCGUCACCCUCUCGAUCACGCCUCUUGGCUCGGCCUUCUUCGCGAACAGCUCAGGCGGACAUUGGAUGACGGGGUUGUGCCCCUUAGGAAGCAAGGUGCACGGGGGGUCCUGUUCCAGGUUACGCUGCUUGCCUACGGGUACACCUUCGUCAGCAAGGCAACAACGGCCAGGUUUGUACCGGAGCUAGAGCACGAGGCCCAGGUCUACGAGCGUCUUCGGCCGCUCCAAGGAGACCGCGUGCCGGUGUUCCUCGGUGCGGUUGAUCUUCGGCAGGUCGGGCGGAGAUACUACUACGACAUCGACGUACAACUUGUCUACAUGAUGUUUGUGUCGUGGGGCGGGUGCAGCCUGGACGAGGUGGAAGUGUCCGACAUGGCGAAGCUCGAGCGGGAGGUGAUGCGGGCGGUGCGGGCGCUCCACCCGCACGGAGUGGCGCACACGGACAUGCGGGACGCUAACAUACUGUGGAACGCAGAGACGGAGCGGGCGAUGGUGAUCGACUUUGAGCAGGCGGUGCUGGCGGAGCCCCCACGGCGAGGCUUAGGCCCCAUCGUGCCCAACAAAAGAGCAUUGCGUGCAAAUGUGGACACCAAGACCGCGGUCGCGGGGCCCAAAUCGAAACAAGAUGCAAUCUUGCUCAAAAUGCAGCAGGAAGAUAUAUUGGGUGCCAAGUAUGCCCUCUAUUGGCCUCGCAAGUAG